GUGAAUAUCGCCAAUGAAGCAGGCGGUGUGGUUUUACUUUUAACGCGAGUUGAAUCAACGCGCACGGGCGUCUAGCAGAAGCCAGAAGCGCGUGAUCGUUUUCCACGCGCCGCGUCGACGACCGAAAACUUGUUGUUUCGCCGCCGAAAAGAUACAACACACGUGAAAGUCUUCGACUUCGUCUCUCGCCACUUGGUGUGUGUGGCUGCAGCCUCUCAGCAUCUUCGAGGUGGAAUGCGUGGAGAACGGUUGCGGCGCUUGACGAGUCGCGAACAACCGCAGAAGCAAGACGCGAGCUUGAGAGUCAAAUAAAGUAGCGAAGCGUGCGGAGAAUGUCCAUCUAGUCGCGUGCCAUCCGAAACGACAACUAAAUAUUCAAAUUUAAUAAACAAAACUUUUUACUAAGUUUACUUCAAAAAGUGUAUAAAGUAAUAAAAUGUGUUUUAAUUUUGAAGAGUUAACAAGUGACUGUAGCUAAUAGAUUUGAUUGAUUUGAAGUUUUAAUAAACUUGUAACAAUCGCAAGUUCAAAAUUUAUAGUGUAUGUGGUUUGCGAAACGAUUGCGCGUCAUGAUGCCGCAGGAUUCUCUUCAGUUGGCGCUUACAACUGGCUUUGGCUUCAGCGUGUUGGCGGGAAUUUUCAGUGGGGUGGUUUACAUCAUAUCAGUUGGAUAUAAUAAAACUAAGAGAGUGGAUAAACCUGAUACCCCCUGGCAUUGCUCAUUCUGUGGCUCACAAUUUAAUUCAAUCAACGGUGUGCUGGAGCACGAAAACGUCGUCACGUGCAUGAAAUGCGCUCGCACUUUCUGCAAAGAAAAAUGCGCAAAGCGCAGCGUCAAGCCCAGUAUCACCUACCUUGCGGAAGAAGUACCUCGACAAAGUUCAAACAAUGAUUCGCGACGCUCCUCGUACAGUGCCACCGAACGAUGGAUUUGUAAAAAAUGCCAGCCUGAUUCUUGGAUUAGCGGAAUCGUUCGACUAUUGCAAUUUAAUGAAACAAAAGAGUGGUAUACGAAGAAAAUGACAACUGAACAAGCUCAAAUCAACGCAGAAUUAUCUACUCUUCAGCGCAAAGAAAGAGAGCAAGUUCGUGAUUUUAUUGAACGUUUGGUAGAGGCACUGCUUGGUGGUGAAUUGGAUACUGUCAGCGUGAAGAAAAUAUAUAAUGAUGAACGUUAUGAUACGAUUUUCAUGCGAUAUCACGGUGACUUGAGUAGCGCUCUGACCGAUUUAGGCUCGGCGCUUCAUAUAACCAUUAGCAGUAAGUGGUAUUUACCAAUAUCUGGAGAAUCGCCAUGUGCGGCGCAUGCCAGUCUAAAGACACUUAUUCAACGCUUCAUUCGCGAAGCGUCCGAAUUACCUGAGUUGCAUAAAGCCACUGAAGAACACGCCGCCAUAACGGAUGAUAACAAUGACCGAACUUAUGAAGAUUUACUCUCUACUGCCAUCAUAAACAAAGUUGUUCAAAAUUAUCAAGAAAAGCCACAUUCAGUCGCUGGUAGCUCAUCAGGCAGAUCCAAAACAUCUAACGAUAAAGAGUAUUUUCUGGGUGAACGAAAUUUAGACUCUUCUACACCGAAAUUUGAUGACACUUCGUCUCUUUCAAGUCUUGAUGAAUACAUCAGCACAAAUGGAUCGACGAAAUAUUUGGAUCAGAUGAACUUUGCGAUACAACAAAGUAUCAAAGAAGUGUCAUCUUCUGAUGAAGACGAAGUGGAUUAUAAUAUUGACGAAGUAGACUCAACUACCAUGCGUAACAACGAUUGGCAAGAAAAUUGGUACCUACGCAAACGUAAUUUUGGUUCUGGUACUAAUUCACCAGUCCCGGUCCCGAUGCUAGUCCCCAAUCCGAAUCCUUCAGAAAAUGCAAAAGUUUUGAUUGGUGAUCGUGAUAUUGACGAAACAUCAGACUUGUCUGACGCUAUCUCUGAUUAUGAAGAUUCUGCAGAACCAAGCAGUUUAAAUGCUGUGUUGAUCAACUCUAAGAACUUGAUUGGAGGUACCAACCCUUUGGUUAGUAUGGUUGCCAAAGCAGAAAGCAUUAUUGAUGAAGAACACGAUCCAAAGAUAAUUGACAAUGAAGAAGAUGUCUUAGAGUUUUCCAGUUUUACUAAUGACAACAAUAUAGAGCAAGAUACUGAAAUCAUCGAGACAUGUAACCAAGUAUUUAACAAAGAUCAUUUUGAUGAUGAUAAUGGCGCCAGUGGGGAUACUGAAGAUCAAUUAAUCUCAUUGGAGAGUAAUACCGAGAAAGAUUCAGAAUACACUGAGAAAUAUGCGACAUUGCCGAGAAAAAUUCCAAUGCCAACACCAAGACAAUCAAAACUAGCAGACAUCGACUUUACCAAAACAUCGCUUCUGAUUGAAGACUCAAAAACGGACAAUGGAGAUUCAGGUGUGACUUCCGAUGAAGAUGAUAAACAAAAAACCUUCAAAGGUUCCUCGUAUGGUGAACGCGAAAAAGACAAAUGGAAUCAUGCAGUUGAUUUACCGAACAAUCCGUACUCUAAAUCGAAUUUAGAGAACCGAUUAAGCAAUCGUUCUAAUCGCUCAUCUUCUAUCAGCAGCUUAAACUCUUUAGAAAUUUCUCCUGACACUGAUAUUUGUGAAGCAACAAACACUAGUGUAACAGAAAAUCUUAAUACUGAGGUCUUACCACCUUUGCCUAACGCACCUCUACCUGAAAUGCCUAAAAGUCUCUUUGAUGUUCUGAACGAUGAUCGCAAGGGUUACGAACAUCGUUAUGGACGAGAUUAUUUUGCAAAAGCCGCCGGCAGACCUCAAGGUGCCUUAAAAAAGAACUGGAUUGAUCAAGAUGAUUUACCACGUGAUGGCGACAUCGCCGACGACGAGGAGCGUAAAGUAGAAGUGGUUGACGACCCAAUUGUACCCCAAGAAAACGUCUUCCGUGCAGUACCGGUUCAGCUUAUGCUUGAUGAACCAGAAAACACCAAAGAUAACGUAAAAAUCAACGAAGAUCAGGGUGAUGACCAGUCUUCGAUUGAAAUAUCGACUCCUACAAAACGCCUCCAACCUUGGGACCUAUCCUCUGAUUCAGAUUAUAGCAUUGAGCGCACGUACAAUGUAAAUUCAGGAAAGAUAAUCAAGAAAUUAGGGGAUGUAGAAUAUGAGCUGCCAGUAACUGAAGCACCUUCGGCUGAAGGAUUGAAGUAUACUAAACUUGAUGAGAAUCAGAACGCAAUUAACAACAAAGCACCGCCACUCAAAGUAGUCCAAGAGAAAAGAUCACACUUUCUGAGGUCAUUAACACUUGAAGAAGAAGAUAUACUUAAAAAUCUUGAGCCAGUUGAUGAUAUAGAUGACUUGGAUACAGUCACUGCGCCAGCAGUUAACCAUUUUAAGCUGGUAGAUGAAAUUAUUAAUGAAAAUGUUGAUCAGUAUGAAGUAGAACCUAUAAGCCCACCAGCUGAAUACAAAAACCUUGGAAAAUCGAGUGAUCAUGCAUCAAUUGAAUAUGAUAGUGAAGAAAAAAGCUAUGAUUUUUCUAUUGAAAGUACUUUUGAAGAGGAAGAACGACUUAAAGCUCAAAAUAACAAAUUAACUCAAGAAUCACCUACAAUUGUGGAAGAAUCACUGAAUAGAGGAAUUAUUGACUAUCCCGGUAAUACUACAACCAAUAAAAACAUUAUUGAGCCACCGCAUAAAUCAGAAUCAACUGAAAAGCAAGCUCAUUACAUUAUUGAAGAAUCAGUGAUUGGAAGAAUUCGAGAGCCAAGUUCACUUCUCGAAACACCUAAUACCGACGGAAUUUUAAAUGUUGAAGUAGAUAAUCAUAAUAACGAUAGUGAUAAUGAAUUAGUCACUAGUCACGCUUUAAACAAAUCCCCUCGGCCAAUUAUCGAACACACAUACAAUAACAUGCUUAACAGUAGCAAUAACAAUGAAAUUAGCUCUGCUCCUGUCACACCAGAGCCAGAAAUUCAUGAGUUGAAAGAAAAGCACCUGGUGAAAAACAUUCUAGGUGUGUUUUCAAAAAGUUUCCCAAAUUUAGCUACAAGUACACCAAACAAAAACACAAGUGAGCCAUUAAACACACGUUCAAAUGAAGAUAUGAUGAGUUUGACUAGUGAUUUCAUUGAAAAUUCAAUUGAAAUCGAGGAAGCUACAGAAACUACUCCAGAACCACCGCUUUCAGUACAGAAUCUUAAGAAAAAAUUUGAAAAAGACACCGAUAUUAAGAAAGACGUUGAAGUACACAGCAGUUUGACAGCGCGUAGUGUUCCGAAACAAAUGAGGCAACAACUAGCGGAGGUACCCCACGAAGUAAUCGAGGAACCACGCAGGCACAGUCUACUUUCAGAGGUCUCAAUUGAGACACUUGAUACUCAUGAAGUUAUUGAUUCAAUUGAUAAUAAAAAUAACACGCCUGAAGAAGACGCAAUCGUCGACUUUCCUAAGGCUAGAAGCAGAAUUGCUUUCUUUGAGCAAAUGAGUCAAAAGUAACUUGAUUAAAAUACGUACUGUAAAAAUAUACUUUACCAAAGAUAUUUCACGUUAUAGAAGGUUUGAAAUCGUAAGAAAACGAUUAAAACAAUGAUAAAACUUAAACUACUGUUACUGUUAAAAAACUACAAACACUAAAGUGAUAAUAAUAUAUUAAAUACUUUAAGAAUAAGAACGUUUCAUAAAGGCACGAUAUUGCCUUUUAUUUAUUCCUUGUAUAACAAUUAUUUAAAUACCGAUUUAUGUAUUUUUAUUUGGAGUCGCGUAAAAGUUAUGAGAAAUGUAUACCAUUCUUGUUGAAUGCAUGCAAUAAUCUGAAACAAGAACAAAUGAUAUUGUUUUAUACCUAGUAAGUUGGUUUGUGCCGUAACAUUAAUGUUCAAAUACUAAGUACAUUUGUAAUAUUUAACGAAUAAAACAAGUUUAAAUAA